UAACUAAUUUUUCUUACUGUUGUAUAAAUAUUUCGUAAAUAUUAAAUAUUUUUUUUUAUUAUGUAGUUGUCCUAUUUGAUCUCGUUCUUCAAACAAUGGGGCAUUAAAUCCAUUAUUGGAUGUAAAUAGAAAACGCUGAUCUCACUUAAGCCAAGAGUACCUGCCCAUUGAAGGAACUGGAGAACAAAGUUAAUCCGUUUUCUCGGUGAUUUGGAAUUGGUAGGUUAUAUUGUAUGUUCCAUUGUGUAACAAUUAUUAUUGUUCUUAUACAUUAAAAUGCCUGAAACUGGAUAUCAAGUUCUUAGUUCUGAAAGAGAAGAAGAAGUUCAUUUCCAGUUCACUCCCAAUAUAGCUAGAAACCGAUGGAAUCACAUUGAAGACUUGGAUACAUUUUUUACAAGAAUCUAUCUUUACCAUCAAAGACAUGGUUUUAUUUGCCUCAUUCUUCAAUCAACACUAGAUCUCUUGCAAGUGAUAUUCUUAUUGGUGUUUUCUCUAUUUCUGUUUUACUGCAUUGACUACCCAGUACUUUUCAGAGACAAACCAGCAGAUUCGAGCAGAGUAAUGAAUGGUACUGAUAAAGUACGCCUAUCUGAUGUUUUUCUUCCGGCUUCAAAAUGUGCUAGCAAAUUUACAUUUUUUACAUACCUAUACAUGAUACCACUAUUAAUGUUUGCUUUUUUCCGGCUUAUGAAAGUGUUUAAUGUUGCUUAUCAUUUUGCUGAUAUCAAAGCAUUUUAUAACGUUGCUCUACACAUACCUGAUAAAGAGUUACAAAACUAUACUUGGCGGGAAAUUAUACACAAAGUAAUAGAAGCACAAAAAGAACAAAAUAUGUGUAUACAUAAACUGGAUCUUACAGAACUUGACAUUUAUCAACGUAUUUUAAGAACAAAAAACUACUUAAUAGCUCUUGUGAAUAAAUCUGUGCUUCCUACACAUUUCAAUAUACCAUUUCUUGGUGAUGUAAUCUAUUUUUCUCACGGAAUGAAGUACAAUUUAAAUUUGUUGCUUUUCUGGGGCCCGUGGUCACCAUUUGAAAAUAAUUGGCAUCUUAAACCAGAAUAUAAACAACCUGGAAAGCGUUUGGAGUUGGCACGGUCAAUGCGUAAAACUAUUAGUUGGGUUGCUUUAAUUAAUAUAUUGCUAUCUCCAGUAAUUUUUACUUGGCAAUUAAUUUACAAGUUGUGUGACAAUGCUCAAAUGGUAAAAAAUGAACCGAGUGUACUCAGUAUACGCAUGUGGUCCUUAUAUUCAAAAAUAUAUUUGCGUCACUUCAAUGAACUGGACCAUGAGCUCAGUGCUCGACUUAGUCGAGCGUAUGUGCCUGGAGCUAAAUAUUUACAAAGUUUUGCAGCACCUGUUAGCGUUAUAAUUGCAAAGAAUACAAUGUUUUUUACUAGUGCUAUUAUGGUAUCAAUACUUGCAAUGACUGUUUAUGACGACAGCAUUUUAUCAAUUGAACACAUGAUAACUAUAUUGACAGAAGUAGCAGGAGUUGGUGAUGUAUGUGCUUUUUCAAUGAUGAAUUUACUGUCUAAAAAUGGUAAUCCAGCUUGGCGUUCCCCUGGCCCUUCAUCGCCUGGUACCCCUACAGCAAAAUUACCUCAAGUAGAUCAGGCUGAAGAUGGAAAAGUAGAAAUGUCUCUCCUCAGCUUUUCUGUACGCAAUCCUAAUUGGGAUCCAGUUGAUAUUGAAGCUAAAGAGUUUGUAGAUGAAAUAAUUGCUAAGACUCGUCAAAAAUAUACAUCCACCAGCAAUUCUAUAAUAAACCCAUUUCAACAUCAUGAUAUGAUUGGUAGUACAUUAAACAUUGCAGAAAUACCUUCCUGUUUAAUUGGGCUCGAUCAGAGCACAAGGUUACUGCAUAAAGAAGGGCUGACUGGUCGUCCAAACCGAAUCAAUUGUAGUUCUAUUAUGCGCUCAUCAAUAUUUUCUACAAAUGACUAUUUAACUUCAAUGGAAGUAAAUCAAAGCGCGUUACUUUUACAUAGCAUUCAUAGAAAACAACUUGACGAACGAGGCAAUAACACUAGCAGUUCAAUUUCUCAAUCUGCUCUUAAAACCAACACCAAUUUACAAGAACGAACUCCAUUGCUGAAACCAGGUGCAAGGAUUAUCUGAUUGCUAUGACUUAAUAAAAGCCUCAAAACUACUGUGAUAUUAAUUAAGGUGUAGUAGUAUUCUUUUCCAAUAUUUUUGAGAUUAUGUUCAAUAUUUCAAGGAACUGUUUUUAUUGGUAUGAUUAUGUUUAAGAAACUGAGAUUUUAUUGUGUGACACUAAAUAGUUUUUCUUACAAUAGGCUAUUGUAACUAUGUUUGUUUUAAAAUUAUUAUUUCAUAAUUUUAAUCCUGAUUUUGCCAAAUUAUUAUAAUUGAAAGAUAAACAAAAUUGUAAUAUAGUUCUUAUGUUCAAAUGAUUGCUUAAUCUGUAAUAAAAAUAUGUCAAAACUUGAA